CACGUGGACUCUAUCAGUCGCGUCUCGUGCAAAACUGUCCUCAAACUGCACACGGCUUCUCAUAGUGCGGCAGGCAGGUAGUGUGUUCACCGAGAUUUAGCGUAAACCGUGCGUGAAUCACCCGUAAUAGUCGCUGCUUUUUUUUUUUUAUAUCCUGCAACCAUUGCGAGUUUUGUUUUUCCGUCGCUGGUAGUUUACAUACCGUGAGCUCGCACGAGGAUACUAGCGUGGCGCACGCGACAUAUAUAUAUGCUCAUGUUCCUCGAGUAUUACAGAGGAAUAAAUAUAUAUAUAUAUAUAUAAACCGUUAAGGCCUCUCUCUCUCUCUCUCUCUCUCACUCUCUCUCUCUCUCUCUCUGGCGGCUAGCAAGCUAGUAGAUACAAUUAGCUGUCGCUUCUUUCCCUCGCGUGUUAGCGUUUUAUUUAUUGCUCGAGUGAGGCAUUCGUUUCGUCCUUCGGCGACACUAAAUCCAGUAGCUGGUGUUGAGUCUCCUGUCCGUGAAGGAAAGUUUCCGCAGUUCGCGCUAAUGGGCUUGCUGUCUCAAGGCUCCCCGCUUAACUGGACAGAAACCAAGAAAUAUGCCGACCACGUCAGAAAACACGGCAUACUGCAGUUUCUCAACAUCUACCACAAGGUGAAGGACCGGCAGAAGGAUGUGCUAAAAUGGGGAGAUGAGGUGGAGUACAUGUUGGUGGAACUGGAUGAGAAAAAUGAAAAAGCUUGUCUGGUUCUGAAUGGAAACAAAGUGUUGGACAUGCUGCAAGAAAAGGGGGAGAAGGUCAACCCCAACCAUCCAACCCUGUGGAGGCCAGAGUAUGGCAGCUACAUGAUCGAGGGCACUCCAGGACAGCCUUACGGCGGGACAAUGUCAGAGUUCAACACCGUAGAAGACAACAUGGACAAGCGGAGGAAGGAGGCCUCGUCUGUGCUCAACAAGGACGAGACUCUCUGCACGAUCACGUCAUUCCCCAGGUUAGGUUGCCCGGGUUUCACAAAACCAGAAUACAGGCCAACGCCUAUUGAGAAAGGAGUGAGCAAGUCCCUGUUCUUUCCUGACGAGGCCAUCAACAGACAUCCCCGGUUCAGCACUUUGACCAGGAACAUUCGUCACAGAAGGGGGGAGAAGGUGGCGAUCAACGUACCCAUUUUCAAAGAUCAAAACACACCAACUCCUUUUGUGGAGACGUUUCCCGAGGACGAUGGAGAAGCGACUAGUGCAGCUCUCCCUGACCACAUCUACAUGGACGCCAUGGGCUUCGGAAUGGGAAACUGCUGUCUGCAGGUCACAUUUCAAGCUUGCAGCAUCAGGGAGGCUCGAUACCUCUAUGACCAGCUGGCUACCUUCUGCCCCAUAGUGAUGGCCCUCAGUGCUGCUUCUCCGUUCUAUCGCGGCCACGUGUCGGAUAUCGACUGCCGCUGGGGUGUUAUUUCAGCCUCUGUGGAUGACCGGACUCGGGAAGAACGAGGGCUGGAGCCUUUGAAAAACAACAAGUUCAGGAUCCACAAGUCAAGAUACGACUCCAUUGACAGCUACCUUUCUUUUUGCGGGGAAAAAUACAACGAUAUCGAAUUGACGAAAGAUGAUGACGUCUACAAUCAGCUCCUUGAUGCAGGCAUUGACAAAUUGCUGGCCCAGCACAUUGCCCACCUCUUUAUUCGUGACCCACUGUCGCUGUUUGAGGAGAAGAUUCAUUUGGACGAUGAGAACGAAUCAGACCACUUUGAGAAUCUUCAGUCAACUAACUGGCAGACCAUGAGGUUCAAACCACCUCCUCCGAAUUCUGACAUAGGAUGGAGAGUCGAGUUCCGGCCCAUGGAGGUUCAGUUAACUGACUUUGAGAACGCAGCAUAUGUUGUGUUCAUUGUUCUCCUUACACGAGUGAUCCUUUCCUACAAGUUAGACUUCCUCAUUCCCUUGUCGAAGGUUGAUGACAACAUGAAAGUUGCCCAGAAACGAAACGCGGUGCAAGAAGGCAUGUUUUAUUUCAAGAAGGACAUUUUUAAAGGCUGCAACCCACUCCUUGACUCCGCUUCCACAGCCACCCAGAAUGGCGUAGAGACUACUGAGGAUCAUGAGGAGUACACUCUGAUGAGCAUUGACACGAUCAUUAACGGCAAGGAGGGUGUGUUCCAGGGACUCGUACCAAUUCUGAACUGCUACCUGGAGAAUAUGGAGGUCGACGUCGACACGCGCUGCACCAUCUUGAACUACCUGAAACUCAUUAAGAAGCGAGCAUCAGGAGAACUGAUGACCAUGGCGAAGUGGAUGAGGGAAUUCGUUGCCAAGCAUCCACAGUACAAGAAAGACAGCGUGAUAACUGACAAAAUAAACUAUGACCUGCUUUGUAAGUGCGACCGAAUUGCCAAGGGGGAGGAGAAGUGCCCUGAGCUGAUUGGUAACCCUGUGAAAAGAGGAAACUGAAGCAGAAGGAGAACUCCACGUCAUACAAGUCCCCCCCUUUUUUCUUUUUUUUGCAUGAAAACUGAUGACCAAAAUGUUUCACAAGAUAUAAGAGAUUAUUCAAGACAAAUUAAAGUUUUAGAGUAUGGAUUAGAGGGCUCUGCCAGGUUUUUUUUGUUUGUUUGUUUGUUUGUUUUUGUAUAUAUGAGAUUUUUUUUUAUUCUUCUCAAAAUCUAAAUUAUUUUAAUAACUUUAAGAUCAAUGUUAUUGGGAUCAGGUGUGUAUAUUUUCUUCUGGUUUCUGACUAAAAAUCCUGCACUGAGGUUGUGUUUAUAUAAGUUUAUAUAAUUGUAGCAUUUGCACAUUAGUAAGUUUACUUUCCACUGUUAAAGCAUACUGUAAAUAUACUUUCAAUCAGUUAACAAGUUUAGGUGACAUAAUGUUUUCUCCAUAUGCAGGCUUCCCCCCUCCCCCUUUUUUUUUUCUUUUUAAUACAAAAUUACUCUUGAUAAAAGUUGUGGCUUGUGCUUGUCCGUGCAAAAUGCAAAACACCACAUGUGGCUUAGUAAUGAUGUUAAAAGUAUGUUUGGUGUUCAGUUUAAGAUACCAUUAUUGGCUGAUCUUUAAGGCAAAAAGUGUCAGGUUAAAUGGACUCUGUUCAGAUUAUUUACAGUUAACUAGCAUUAAAUUAGAUUUACGUUUAACUAUUAGUACUUUUUUAAGUAGUGGUUAUAUUUUGGAGUCAUCCACUAGAGGAUGCACUUUACUGAAACACUGUACUAUGGAUUUUUUGUGCAAAGACCAAAAUAAGAAAAGACUAUGCCUCAUUUGA